AGGCGCAGUGCUGAGUUUGGAUUCUGUCCCCGCAGCUCUCACCAGUGAGCUCACUUGGAAGCGUUCUUCCCGGCGCGGCUGUGGUGGUGUUGGGUGUCAGACAUGGCGGAGGCGUUGGAGAUGGGUAAAGACCCCAACGGGCCCACCCACUCCUCCACUCUGUUCGUGAGAGCAGACGGGAACCCUCUGUCGUUCUACGUGCGGCCCAGCCCGAUCAAGCGCCGGCUCUCGACGCUGAUCCUGCAUGGCGGCGGCACCGUGUGCCGGGUGCAGGAGCCCGGGGCAGUGCUGCUGGCCCAGCCCGGGGAAGCGCUGGCCGAGGCCUCGGGCGACUUCAUCUCCACACAGUAUAUCCUGGACUGCGUGGAGCGCAACGAGAGGCUGGAUCUGGAGGCCUACCGGCUGGGCGCGACCUCGGCGGGCGAACAGGCGCCGGAGUGCAGGGCCGGAGCCUCGGGCGAGGGCGCCCCGGAGGCCGAGCCGCAGCCGCCCAGCGGACGGGUCGCCUUCACGGAUGCGGACGACGUGGCCAUCCUGACCUACGUGAAGGAGCACGCGCGCUCGCCCAGCUCAGUCACGGGCAACGCGCUGUGGAAAGCCAUGGAGAAGGGCGCGCUCACGCAGCACUCGUGGCAGUCCAUGAAGGACCGCUACCUCAAGCACCUGCGCGGCCAGGAGCACAAGUACCUGCUGGGAGAGGCGCCCGUGAGCCCCUCCUCGCAGAAGCUCAAGAGGAAGGCGGAGCAGGACCCCGAGGCUGCGGACAGCGGGGAACCACAGAAUAAGAGAACUCCAGACUUGCCUGAAGAAGAACACGUGAAGGAAGAGAUUGGGGAAAAUGAAGAAACAGUUAAAAAAAUCCUUGUAGAAACCACCCGGGACUUUGAGGAAGUUGUGGUGAAUGAGAGCUCUGAUUUUGAAAUACACCUAACUAUGUGUGAUGAUGAUCCCCCCACACCAGAAGAAGACUCAGAAACACAGCUUGAUGAGGAGGAAGAAGAAAAACUUUCUUCAGCAGAGGUGGGAGCUGCCAUUAAGAUUAUCCGGCAAUUAAUGGAAAAGUUUAACUUGGACCUAUCAACAGUUACACAGGCCUUUCUUAAAAAUAGUGGUGAGUUGGAGGCUACUUCCUCCUUUUUAGAGUCUGGUCGCAGAGCGGAUGGAUACCCGAUUUGGUCCCGGCAAGAUGACUUAGAUUUGCAAAAAGAUGAUGAAGCUACCAGAGAUGCAUUAGUCAAAAAAUUUGGUGCUCAAAAUGUAGCUCGGAGGAUUGAAUUUCGAAAGAAAUAAUUAGCAAGAUAAUGAAAAAAGAAAAAAAUCAUGGCAGAUGAAUAGUUGUGACCAUUGAACUUUAUAAAGCCCUCACACCGAAACUGAUGCUUAUCUUCUGACCAAUGCUGCUAUCAUUCUGUUAGUCUCAGAUUUUGUAGCCAAGCCGAGUUAUUGGGAGGAUAAAAGUAAAAAAAGUUGAAUAUAUUUAGAACUCUCAAGCAUCAGUGUGUUUAUGAAAGAAAAAUGUGAACCGGAGAAGCCGAGCUAUUAAGUAGUAAUCCUUUGCUGAAAUGGAAGCCCCACUGUUAGUGACAGAAUCAAAGGAGGAAAACCAGGACCAUAGGUCUUUUCACACAUCUUAAGUAAAGAACCUCCUAUCCUUUGCUAGAAGUCUGUCAGAUUAUAGUAGAUACAAAACCAAGGAUCUAGAAAUAUGGAAAUUUGUAAUUUCAAGACCUUGAACAUAGAUUGUCUAAAACCAUUCCAUUCCCCAGCGAGCUCUAAAUUUCUGGAGUGCUUUGAAAAUCUCAUAUUUGCUUUGCUAACUUAAUAUUUGGGGUCCUUGUUAGUCUCUAUGUUUCUUUACCUAACAUUCAGUUUUGUUUCAAACACAGACAGAACCCUGGAGUCUGAAGUAUUAUCUCUAUUAACAAUAAUUUUUUUUUAGUAAUGUGGUUUUUAAAAAUUUAUUGAGCAUAUAGCUUUGUGCUAAAGAUUGUGUUAGAUUUAAAAAUCCACAGAUUGGUUCUUCGUUGUUUUCAUUUUUGAAAAUAAAUAAAACUUUGAAUCUCA